CCCCCUUGUUCUCCAACGUCUUUUCGGAAGCCAAAAUGCAAGAAACUGUUUCAUGAUUUCGGGCUGCGGCGGCCACGGCGAACGUUAACUUUCCGAAACGCGUUUUGGUCGUUCUUCGGGGCUCGGUCGCUCGCCAACUGGGCACGAACCUCAGGGCAUUGCGUCUUCUUUGGCUGGGGAGCGUAGGGAUUAAAAGGUAGCUAGAGAAUCCGCUCCGGGCCCACAGUUUCUUUUUGUACUCUUCUCCGCUGUCUUUGUUUAAUAGUUUACUUGGUUCUUCGACGACAUGGACAUCGCUUCCAUUGUCUAUCGCUCUGCUGACGUCGACAUUCCUGAACGUAUAGAGAUCUAUGUUGAUGAAAAGGCAGAGCUUGAGAAGCCCCAACCUCAACCUGUCAGGAAGCCACGACCGGUGCGACUAUCCGAGGAUGCCUGUGAGCAGGAGGCACAUUCCCCAGAGCCCCUCCCUGAUGCGCAAUCCGACUUGAGCUUCAGCACGACAAAGAGGAAGCGUGAAUCAUACGACCUUUCGGGCAGCGUCUUUCUCAUCUCUCGCGAGGGAAAGACGUUAGACUUGCCAAUACCCUCAAACAGUCGGCACGACCCAUUGAAUUGGAGCCCAUGGAAAACUGGUGCGGCCAUGGUAGCUGUGGGCUGGUACUCUGCUACUGCGCUCACCGCUGUGCAAGCGGUGAGCUUAAUGAUGCGUGGCAUCAAACCUGACUUCACCAAAGAGAUGACCACACCCUGGUCCCCAGCGACUCUUUCAACGGCGCCUACAUUGUUCAUGGGAAUCGGAUGCUUCAUCUGGGUACCCUUGAGUCUCGCCCUAGGGCGGCGUCUCGUCUUUCUCCUUGCCGCGCUCAUCGACUUGUUCGCUAUCCUGGGGGCAGCGUUCUCGCAAACAUUCUACCAAUUAUUGGGAUGCGUGUGUCUGCUUGGACUGAGCGAGGGUCUUGCACUAAGCCUGGCCCUCUUGAUGGUCGUGGAUUUGACCUUCAUCGACCGACGACCCCACAUAAUCGCGAGCCUAUGGUCGAUUGCAGGCUUUUUUGGCACCGGAAGUCUUGGUCUCGUCCCUAUUAUGUCGGAUGACGGAAAGGACUGGCAUCUAUUCUAUCUCCGAUGGAUCUGUCCCUCUGUUAUCGCACUGCUUCUCGCCUUCUUCUGUUAUGACGAGACGUACUUCAAACGACCUACGGUAGCCUUUGAUGGCAUGAUAAUCAUGCAGAGUGCGACCGAGAAGCUGACCAUCUAUGAAGACUUGGAGGCGGAAUCCGACAUCUACAGAGACCUCCCCAGCUUUGACGCUGAAAAGCGUGGACUACUCCAUCGUUUCGGUCUCGCUCGCUCUCCAUCUGCAUCAUGGGAGGCCUUUGGUCGCUGCUAUCUACAGAUGUUCUUCUGUGCUAUCAAUCCUCUAGUGUUUUGGGUACUUAUCGCAUCUGCCUUCAAUUUCGCCGGUAUGAUGUUCAUUGGAGCCACCUUCGCAAUCAUUCUGGCUGAGCCCCCAUACAAUCUAUCCUCGUAUAAGAUUACGGUUGUCAACUUCUCCUCCGGCACCGGUGGUCUUCUGGCUUAUGUCUUUGCUGGAUAUUUGUUUGGGAAAGCUCUUACCUUCCUAUCGAAACGCAACCGAGGCGUGCGUGAGGCUGAGCACUAUCUCGUCGGCUACAUUGUUCCUGUCAUCACGGGGUCACUCAGCACACUUUUCUAUGGCCUUGCAGUCCACAACGGCUGGCACUACUCGAUUUACUAUGUGGCCUAUGGGCUUAACGGCCUCUCGUAUGUCUCACUCUCUAUUGCAAACACACUGUGGGUGACGGAGGCCUUUCCACGAUGGGCCGCUCCAGCGCUUGCAGUCGUCACCGGGGGGUGCUACUUGUUGAGCUUCUCCAUCAGCUUUGGGCUCGUGCCUUGGAUUCACGCGCAUGGCUUCCUAAUGGUCGGCAUUGAGCUUACAGUACUGCAACUUGUCGGUGGCAUGAUCGCGCUGCCUAUUGCGUUCUGGGGCAAGAGCGCAAGGCAAAUGAUCCACGGCAGGUGGGCGAACGAAAGGAGCGGAGCUUUGAGGCCAUUGUGAGCGAGGCCUGCGUCUACUGAUUGUUGAGCGACGUACGCUUUCCCUCAUCUCAUACGCUCUACAGCUGAUUGAGCAUCCCACUCUCUCCCCGUCUCAUAUAUCCCACAAAAUCUUUCUUAUAGCACUGUAUAACUAACUCAUACUUUCCUUUUAUGUCCUAGUCUAUGUAGACUAGUCACUCUAGAGCUUCUUAGAGCUUCUCAGCACUUGCGACACGCGCACCCACCCUUCACUAGUAUUACCAUUCUCGGCGACUCUCAGCGCCGCAUGACCAAUCCUUUGUCGAUUGAUAAUCGUCUACUAUAUAUCACCUUAAAUAAAUAAAACUCUCAUGCGCGAC